AUGGCUGGCAAGGCCUUGAUCCCUGUGGCGACGCUUUGGCCGGUGACGUCGAAGAAGUUCCCUGGCCCGAAGGGCGCCGCCAAGUUCAAGAUCGGUGAUGGCGGGCACAUGGACAACUCUGGCUUGCUGCCGGCGCUGCAGAGGAAGGUUCCAAGAGUUGUAAUGUUCCUUGACACGGACGUGAAAAUCGGCAUGAAGUCGGACUUUUGUACUUACACCCCGGUGGAUGCAGUUGAACUUGGAAAAUCAGCUGCAUGGUACCUGGUGGACAAGUUUGGACUUGGUUCCCACGUCGAGGGGUCUUUCCUGAUGCACAACCAGGUGUUUCGCUUCAGAGACCUCCAGCCAAUCUUGUGCGACUUGCAGACACACAGGCGCGCCGGCCGGCCAGCUGUGAGCCUCAGGGACUUGGAGGUGCUGAAGAAUAGUUGGUGGGGCAUUGAAGGAGGAUGGACAGUCAAGUUGCUGGUGUAUCACCUGGACAAAAGCAAAGUCUUCGAAAACCAGCUUCCUGCGGACACACAGAAGGAGAUUGCUGCAGGAAAGGAGGGCAUGUUCGCCAAUUUUCCACAGUUCUCGAUGGUCCAGCAGAACCCGCAGUCCUUGAUUUCCUACACCGGCGCGCAGGUCAAUCUUCUCUCCUCCCUCGUCGAGUACGGCGUGCGCCAACAUGCCAGCUACUUCCGGGAAGUGCUCGCCGGCAUCCCGCGGAAUCUCGCGGAGCAACAGCCCAGCGCUGGGUUCGAGGCGCUGCACCCUCGCGAGGAGAUUGAAGGUUCAAAGGAGCUUUCGGAUAUCCUCCGCCGCUAG